CCAAUGGGGCUGGGCGGCCGGGCGGGAGGGGCGGGACGCAGCCGGGUCCGCGGCCGGAGGGAGAGCGGCGUCGGCGGCGGAGCGGAGGGUCCCGGCAGCCGGGUUUGGGAGGCCCAUUCCUCGCCCCCACCUGUGAGGUGGCCGUCAGCCAGGAGGGAUGCCACCCCCGUCGGACAUUGUCAAGGUGGCUGUGGAGUGGCCGGGGGCCAACGCUCAGCUGCUGGAGAUUGACCAGAAGCGGCCUCUGGCGUCCAUCAUCAAGGAGGUCUGUGACGGGUGGUCGCUGCCCAACCCAGAGUACUACACGCUGCGCUACGCAGAUGGGGCUCAGCUGUACAUUACAGAGCAGACCCGCUGUGACAUCAAGAACGGGACCAUCCUCCAGCUGGCAGUUUCUCCAUCCAGGGCCGCCCGCCAGCUGAUGGACCGGACGCAGUCGCACAGCAUGGAGGCUCGGCUGGAGGCCAUGAAGGAGCUGGCCAAGCUCUCUGCGGACGUGACCUUUGCCACAGAGUUCAUCAACAUGGACGGCAUCUCAGUGCUCACCCGCCUCGUGGAGAGCGGCACCAAGCUCCUCUCCCACUACAGUGAGAUGCUGGCAUUCACCCUGACAGCCUUCCUGGAGCUCAUGGACCACGGCAUCAUCUCCUGGGACAUGGUGUCCAUCAGUUUCAUCAAACAGAUUGCGGGCUACGUGAGCCAGCCGACGGUGGACGUCUCCAUCCUGCAGCGCUCCCUGGCCAUUCUGGAGAGCAUGGUGCUCAACAGCCAGAGCCUCUACCAGAAGGUUGCCGAGGAGAUCACCGUGGGGCAGCUCAUUGCCCACCUGCAAGUCUCAAACCAGGAGAUCCAGACGUAUGCCAUUGCCUUGAUCAACGCCCUCUUUCUGAAGGCCCCGGAGGACAAGAGGCAGGAGAAGCUCCUUAACCCGCUAGACCUGCCUUGCACUGAGAUGGCCAACGCCUUUGCUCAGAAGCACCUGCGCUCCAUCAUCCUGGCACACAUCAUCCGGGGCAACCGCCCCAUCAAGACGGAGAUGGCCCAUCAGCUGUACGUGCUGCAGGUCCUGACCUUCAACCUCCUGGAGGAGAGAAUGAUGACCAAAAUGGACCCCAGCGACCAGGCCCAGAGGGACAUCAUCUUUGAGCUGCGCAGGAUCGCCUUUGACGCCGAGUCGGAGAGCAGCAGCCUCCCUGGGGGCGGGACAGAGAAGAGGAGAGCCAUGUACACCAAGGACUACAAGAUGCUGGGCUUCAUGAACCACAUCAACCCUGCCCUGGACUUCACCCAGACCCCGCCGGGGAUGCUGGCCUUGGACAACAUGCUCUACCUGGCCAAGUGCCACCAGGACACCUACAUCCGGAUCGUCCUGGAGAACAGCAGCCGGGAGGAUAAGCACGAGUGUCCCUUUGGGCGCAGCGCCAUUGAGCUGACCAAGAUGCUAUGCGAAAUCCUGCAGGUCGGGGAGCUGCCCAACGAGGGACGCAACGACUACCACCCCAUGUUUUUCACCCACGACCGCGCCUUUGAGGAGCUCUUUGCCAUCUGCAUCCAGCUGCUCAACAAGACCUGGAAGGAGAUGCGGGCCACGGCAGAGGACUUCAACAAGGUGAUGCAGGUGGUGCGGGAGCAGAUCAUGCGGGCGCUGCCCUCGAAGCCCAGCUCCCUGGACCAGUUCAAGAGCAAACUGCGCAGCCUCAGCUACUCGGAGAUCCUGCGCCUGCGCCAGUCGGAGCGCAUGAGCCAGGACGACUUCCACUCCCCGCCCAUCAUGGAGCUGCGGGAGAAGAUCCAGCCUGAGAUCCUGGAGCUCAUCAAGCAGCAGCGCCUGAACCGCCUCUGCGAGGGGAGCAGCUUCCGUAAGAUCGGGAACCGGCGGAGACAAGAGCGGUUCUGGUUCUGCCGCCUGGCUCUGAACCACAAAGUGCUUCACUACGGGGACCUGGAGGACAACGCCCAGGGGGAGGUCACCUUUGAGGCCCUGCAGGAAAAGAUUCCCGUUGCAGACAUCAAGGCCGUCGUCACUGGGAAGGACUGUCCGCACAUGAAGGAGAAGGGAGCUCUGAAGCAGAACAAGGAGGCUCUGGAGUUGGCCUUUUCCAUCCUGUAUGAUCCGGAUGAGACCCUGAACUUCAUAGCCCCCAACAAGUACGAGUACUGCAUCUGGAUUGACGGCCUGAACGCCCUUCUGGGGAAGGAGAUGGGCAGCGACCUGACCAAGAGUGACCUGGACACGCUGCUCAGCAUGGAGAUGAAGCUGCGCCUGCUGGACCUGGAGAACAUCCCCAUCCCGGAGGUGCCCCCGCCCGUCCCCAAGGAGCCCAGCAGCUACGACUUUGUCUACCACUACGGAUGACGCCCCUCGGCAGCAGAGGAAGGGUGGCGGGGGGGCAGCCUCAGGCCCCCUCCAGCGCAUGCCCAGGACCUCUUCUUCUUGCUAGGGGAGGGGGGGGAGGGAGGGGGCCUCCUCUCCAACUGCGGAAGGAGGGAUCCUGCUGGGCAGUCGCGUUUGGGGUUUUUUAUUUUAUGCUACAAGACUCUCCCCUCUAUGGCAGCUGUUCUCCGCCCUGCAGCAGGGGGCAGCCAGAGCUACUCCAGAAUCAGCCGGCUGCGCUGGAGGGCUGAGCGUGCUCUGAAGCCCCCCCCCCCCCGUGGCAUUCCCUGCAGGUCCUUGGUGUGCCUUUGCCUGGUGUGCUUGGCCUGAGGCCGCUGGGGGCUCUUGCCUUCCCCGGGAAGGGGGCACGGCAGGUGGGGGCUGGCAGCAGAGCCUCAUCCAUGGCUGUCUCUGGGGCCUGCCUUGUAGGGGGCUGGGCGAGGGGGCCCCUGGGGACCCUUUCCAACUCUCCCAUUACAUGGUUCUCUUACUUUCCAGGCAGGCAGGGGCUCCAUCCUGUGAGCCCAGCAGGGGCAAAUGCAGCCCGUGGUACAGCUUCUGCCCCCCCCCAUCUAGGCUCCCCUGGGUGGAAGAGCACUGAGACGCCUCCCCACCGACCCAAGAAAGGCUGCCAGCCUAGCUGCUUUCACCUGUCAGUGGGGCACAGUGCACAGGCUGGACCUGGCAUGCCCCUCCCCCCCUCCCCGAUCUUUGCAUUAAAGGCUGUUUCCUCCUUU